ACUUAUCAACGCAAUGGUUAUGGUGAUCGUGGUGGCUUUGACAGGCGCGGAGGACGCCGCGGACGUGGUCGAGGUGGCUAUCGCAACGGGGGUAGUCAAAAUGGUGGCUCUGCCAAUGGAAGUUCAAGCAAUGUAGGAAAACCUUGGAGAGGUGAUGGCGCACGUUAUAGUGAUGAGGAAUGGUCUGGAACAGAGGAAGCAAAGCAUAGGGAUGAUCAAACAGAAGAUCAGGAACGUCGUCAAGGGCGACUGCGCGGUGGAGGCAGUGGCGGUAGUGGAGAAAGAGGAGGAAGUGCUGGACGAAGACGCGGUACGUUAUGGCGUGGUAGUUUUCGCCUGCUCUUUUGCCCUAUCAAGCUCCACGAUAAUAAGCUGCAUUUGGUAGUACCACCUGAAUUCGCGAAGCCAUUGCUUCUAAUGUGA